AUGGCCAAUCUCAACAUGCAGACUGUCAAGCAGCAGGCAGCCGCUGCAGAGCAGCCUCCCAUCCAGCCAGCAUAUGCACCCAGUCUUGCAAUUGAGGUCUCCCUUGUCAGCAACACGUACAAGGCCAUGUUUGAUUCUAAGCAGCUGCCCAACUGGCUCUUCCUGCCUCUGGACUGGUGGGACUCCAUCUUUUGGACAGUCUACCACCACACAGACUUGCUUUGUCUUGCACUGCUUGGUCUGCUUGGGCUGCUGCAAAUCCAGGCACUCAUGACUAACAGCCCCACAUCAUCUGCAGUGAACAGUGUCAAGCUUUGA